CUGGUGGCAGUGGGGGCCAAUAUGGAGGAGGAGGUGGUGGCGGGGGUCAAUACGGGAGUGGCUGCGACCUCCAGGAGAUGCCAGAUACAGUUUUCAUCCAGGGACUGCCAGAGUACAUAACAGAGGAUGAACUGUGUGCACAAUUCGGCUCUAUUGGUAUCAUCAAGAUCGACAAAAAAACGAAUCGUCCAAAAGUCUGGCUAUACAAAGACAAGCAAAGUGGCCGACCGAAAGGUGAAGCUACCAUCACUUACGAUGAUGCACAAGCGGCUCAGGCAGCCAUAGAAUGGUUUCACAAUAAAGAAUUCCAGGGUAAGACGAUACAAGUCAUGACUGCUUCAAGGAAGGUACCACCUGGUGGAUUUUCAUACCAAAAGGGUGGUCGUGGAGGUGGCGGCCGUGGUGGUGGUGGUGGCAGCUUCGGCGGUGGUGGCGGCGGCGGCCGAGGUGGUGGUGGAGGAAGAGGGGGAGGAAGUGACAGUGGCCGAGCUGGAGACUGGCCCUGCCCCAAUCCCGACUGCGGUAACAAGAACUUUUCAUGGCGAACCGAGUGUCACAGGUGCCAGGAGCCUCGACCCGAAGGGAUGGGUGGUGGCAGUGGAGGAGGAGGAGGAGGUGGUUAUGGUGGUGGAAAUAGAGGUGGUGGUGGUGGUGGCUUCAGGGGUGGCCGCGGUGGAAGAGGUGGUGGUGGAGGAGGAGGAGGUGGAAAUGAUUAUGGGGGGUGA